AUGGUUAACGCGGUAGCGAAUACAUUGGCCAGUGGGACCGAGGACGCAGACGAUCCGAUAUCUCACUUUCCCCGAGAUCUGGGCCCUUGCGAUGCUGGCAAGCAGCAGCCAAAGAUGCUUGGAGCUAAAUAUGCGACAUGGGAAAUUGCUAUUUCCGGGACUGGCAUCGAGUGGGACAUGAUGUCGCCCUCGAGGCAUACUAGUUGCGUUGGAGGAACAUUGCUUUCCAGGCUCUUGUUCUGGAAUGCAGACAUGGAAGAUGGAAACGGCUAUGCCACUGUGUAUCUUGAUGCAUUCGCUCUUCCUUAA